AAGUCGCCUCCAUGCCGCCUCCUUGUUUCGGCUCGUCGCAGUCGAGUAGCCGCAGGGACAGAAGUUGGUUGCGUUUCCAGAAAGUAUGGCUAAGCAGUCUUCGAAAGGACAUUCUAGGGACCGAGGAUGAGUUUGGCAACCCGAACUAUGAUCUUACCUUCGAUAGUGACAAUCAAGGAUGUCUUCCUGAUCUCACGGAUACUGACCGACACAAGAGAACACUGGUGUUGGAUCUUGAUGAAACGUUGGUCCACACCGAAUUCAAUGAAGGUGCCGGGUGGAUCACACAUCGGCGCCCUGGCGUAUCAAGCUUUCUUGCAGCGUUAGGUGAAAAGUAUGAGAUUGUUUGCUUCACAUCCGGACUUCGCGAGUACGCUUCACCGAUAAUUGAUCAACUGGAUAUGAAUGGGAUUAUUGCCCAUCGAUUGUUCCGCGAGCAUACAUGUCACUUAAAAGGGCUGCACGUGAAGGAUCUUUCAAGGCUGAACAGAAAUCUUGCGAAAACAAUCAUCGUCGACAACUCGCCAGAAAGCUAUCUCAUGCAGCCUGAAAAUGCUAUUCCCAUAAAGCCUUUCUUCGGAGAUACUAGUGACACAGCUCUGCUUGAGCUAAUACCUUUCUUGCUCGAUAUUGUCGAUGCAGCUAUUGAUGAUGUAAGAACGGUGCUGAAACAAUGCCAUUUGAAAGGAAAGUUCGUGCAUAAGAGUAUCCGCCCCAAGGAAUUAGCAAAGAACCGAAAACGAUGCAAUCGCCCGAAACCGAAGGAGGCAAAAUUAGCCAUGGAGCCCCGAACCGCAUCGUGCAUGACCGAGAACGCUUCCUUGAGCUCAGAAGGAGAUCGUCGGAGACACAGUGACAUUAACGAUGCGUGCUUCGAGGACUGUAUGACCGUCUUGGAUGGCCUCAUCACGAAUAAUCUUGGAACUCUCAACGACCCGGACGAUCAAGUUGUGGGUCGUGAUCGCAACAGGGGUGAGGUAUCAUCUGAUCAGCUGCCCAAGAAUUUGUUCAAUCCUCCCGAAAGCUGUGUAUCGGAUAUGCUUACAGCAAGCCAGAUUUGGAAAGAUGCGGUCAACCAAUCAUGGUCCACAGGAGAUCUUGAUGACCUGGAUAGCAGUUUGGACUUGCGCAGCACAAGUCCUUUCACCUCGAAUGUGCUGAUUCCAACGAAUGCUGGAAGGCGAUGGGAUGAGAUCUGCAGUCACUCGUACGACGAGAAAGCGCACAGCAAACCAUAUGAUCUCCUCGCCAAGGUGAAUUUGCAUGGGCAUUGGAUGACUUCAGUCAUGUCGGGGAGGCAUGAUCGCCUGAUCGACCUGUCUCCGUUGAAUGGCUCUCUUGUUGAUGUUAUGAAGGGCAUGAGUCCUCCGCCGUCCUUCAACCUUGCUGGGGGCUGCACAAGGCUCGGAGCAAGUUGAACAUGUUUGAAAGAUGAUCCUCGUGUCAGUGCGUGAGUCUGAGCGCUUCCCGUGCAACUAUCAGUUGCUGGUUAAGUAAGUGUCCAGUGUACAUUAUGAUAUAAUACAACCAUCCAAUU